ACACUAUGGAACUCAGACUCCCAUCAACCCUUGCGACUGUAUUUACAGGAACCAUCUGCUUUCUGCUGACUGCUAGCCUGCCGGUCGGCUACAGUGAUAUUAAAGUUGUUGAAACAUUGGGAAGACGUUGAGCCCGAUGCUUCCUGUUCCUGUCUCUGCUCUGCUGCUACAUGUAGGUCACACUCUGUCUCACAACACCUCCUGAUCUGCUGACAGGACAGUCUCACUUCCUCUCUGUGACGGGACAGGUCUGUUCUCCCCAGAGCAAGCAGAGAGAAAGAGAGAUGAUGAGGCGAGCUGUGCUGAGGACCAGUGUGUUGUGAUCUGUGUUGUGAUCUGUGUGUUGUGUGUGUGACAGUAGCAGUAAUAAUGAGAGCUGGAGUCAGGACGCAGCUGCUGGAGAGCAGAUCUGCAGCUCGAUGCAUCCUAACCAUCAUUCUGGGCUCUUUACAUGUGAUCGCCCUCAAACCACAACUCCUCACCCGGCUCGGUGGCUCACCUUCCUCCACUGAAACCCCCAUCAGCUAUGACACGUUAUAUUUGGACCAGAAGAUCGACCAUUUUGGUUUCCUAGAGGAUGGCACGUUCAAACAGAGAUACCUCGUGGCUGACAAACACUGGCAGCAGCCUGGAGGACCUAUUUUGUUCUACACUGGCAAUGAAGGCGACAUCACCUGGUUCUGCAACAACACUGGCUUCAUGUGGGAAACUGCGGAGGAGUUGGGCGCCAUGCUGGUUUUUGCAGAACAUCGUUACUAUGGAGAGUCCCUGCCAUUUGGACAAGACUCUUACAGCGACAGCAAACACCUGAACUACCUGACCUCAGAGCAGGCCCUGGCAGAUUUUGCAGUGCUGAUUCAGAACCUGAAGAGCUCUUUACCUGGAGCUCAGCAGAGCCCUGUCAUCGCUGUAGGAGGUUCCUAUGGAGGGAUGCUCGCCGCCUGGUUCAGGAUGAAGUACCCCAAUGUAGUUGUUGGAGCUCUGGCAGCCUCCGCACCAAUAUGGCAGUUCCCUGGUAUGGUGCCAUGUGGAGACUUCUACAAAAUAGUCACACAGGACUUUGCCAGCAGCGGCUAUAACUGUGAUGCAAACAUCAGAAAGUCUUGGAAGGCUAUUAACAACGUCUCUUCCACUGCGUCUGGGCUUCAGUGGCUGUCAGAAGAAUUCAGUUUAUGCGCCCCUCUUAAAAACAAGAAUGAUGCCGUCGCCUUCAAGAGCUGGCUUCAGGAGACCUGGGUGAAUCUGGCUAUGGUGGACUACCCCUACGAGGCAAACUUCCUGCAGCCGCUUCCUCGCUGGCCGAUCCAGGUGGUGUGCAAGUAUCUUGCUUUGGAUCCCACUGUGACCGACUACCAGCUGCUGCACGGUGUCUCCCAAGCAGCAAAGGUCUACUACAACUACACCGGAAGCGCUUCCUGUCUCAACACAUCUCAGACGGCGACCGGCAGCCUCGGCCUCCUCGGCUGGUUCUACCAGGCCUGCACAGAGAUGGUGAUGCCCAUGUGCACAGAUGGCGUCCAGGACAUGUUUGAACCUGAGGAGUGGAACUUCAAGGCCUUUUCUGACGAGUGUAACGCCAUGUUUGGCGUCAGGCCACGAGCCGACUGGGCUGGCACGGUCUACGGGGCGAAGGACAUCGCCGCGCACAGCAACAUCGUCUUCAGUAACGGAGGACUGGACCCGUGGUCGGCUGGCGGAGUGACUUCCAACAUAACAGAUUCUCUGGUUUCUGUUCUGAUUCCCGACGGAGCCCACCACUUGGACCUCCGCUACAGCAAUGACCAUGACCCACCUUCAGUCCGCAAGGCCCGGGCGUUAGAGGUGAUGUAUUUUCGAGAGUGGAUCGGGCAGGCUAAAAAGACACCUCAAACUGCAUCAACCCCUUAGUCCUCUAUAAAAGCAGCCCAGUGUGACCCAACCGGGGUUGCAUAUAUAGCUUUAAUCAGCGUUACACGGUAUUUCACAGGGUGCUCUCUGCAUCAUCAUGCCAAAGUUUGUGCCUUUUUUUAAAUGAACGUUGGGGAUGAUUUUUUUUAACAAUGAAUGAUGACAUUUUUAUUUAAAAAUUUUAACACCAUUCUUGAUUUUAAUAAUGUCAUUAAUCAUGUGAGAGUGUUUUUUAAGCUUAAUCAUGUAGCCAUGUUCAGCACAGACUACAAUCUUCUUUCACCUAAUGAGACAAACUCCAUUUCUUUAUGCCAAACUAUAAAUAUAUCCAAGGGCUUGGAGAGGUACUGCAUUAUGAGAACAAAUGAGGUUGACUUUCUUUGUUAAUUCAUGUAAUCACAUUAUCGUCAUCAAAAGACUGGAUCAUCCUCAUUUAGUUUUUUUUUCCCAGCUUGUUGUCAGUCAGUGUUACAAUCAGGGAUACAUUCACUUAUUCACAUCUUUACUUUCAGAUUUGUCUUUUAGUUUCAUCGUUACAAAUUGACACCCCUUAUGUCUUUGUUGUUGUCAGUCUUGUUGAUUAGCCGUUGUUAUCACUCAGGUGUAUUUGCUCUUUCAAAAUAAGCUUCUUAACACUUAAAGAAGUCUCAGGAGAAAAGUUUGGCACCAAAUAGAAAAAUUGUAAAUGUCCUCUGCACAGAGUGUAAUAUUAAACUUAUUGUUCACAGACAACAGUGCCUUCCUCGUUUUUUAAGUGUUCUAUUUAUGUCUCAUACCACCUUUAUUUAAUAUGCUGUCAUUCCCAAGAAACACGUCUUCCAGUGAAACUAAUUAAAAAAAGCUACUAAUGAUAUUGUCAUAUAAUCUUCCUAAUUGUCUUUUGAUCAUAUAUGGAUGUACUGUUGCUCUGUCAAGCCGACUCUUUGUCACGUUUUAGAGAGACUGAGGCUGUUACUUCCUAUGUAGCAGGAACAAUUGCAUGUGCCUGAGAUUUAAUAAAAACCCAAUCGGAGGAGGCCAAUAAAGUCAGUGGUGGGAGAUUAUUGCAGCUCCGCCUGCUGACCUCACCCCCGUGGACCAACCUGUGGGAUUCCCCCUGGCACGCAUUCAUUCACUGGCUGCCAUUAAAGCUCUAAAUUGCGGCACCGAGGCAGCCCAUAGACCUGGUUUGUUCCCCCCUGCUAGUAAUAUUAUUAAUACAACUCCUGGGGUGCCGGAGAGGUUGAGAAGGGUUGAUGGAAGGUUAAGAGUGGAUGCGGGAGUCGGCAGGGACCAAGAAGUCUUUUGUAGUUCACCAUGAAGUCACAGUUUUUUUUUUCAUUUUUUUAAGUCAAUCUAAAAGACUCCUGAAAUACUAAGACUAAAACACUUUGACUGGCAAUGAAAACAUGUCUUUUGAACUAUUCUGGCCGUUUCUUUUCCUCCCCCCUUCUGUUAAAU